GCUUCUGAACUGAAGCAAUGGAAAUACAAAUACAUGACGGGAACAACAUCACUCACGUAUGGUGUCCAUAUACACAUAACAAUGCAUAUUAAAGCCUCUUCUCAUGGAAACUCUCAUGUUUCUGAUCAACAUGCAUCAAAACAUGUUCAUUGCACAUAUAAAUAUCAGCACACCUGAGCCAGUUCACAAACAUUCACAAGCCUUCAACUAAGAUCACAAGAUUUUGUCUUUCCUGCGAAAAAUGGCUAAAGCUUUAGUGCUGUUGUCGGUGGUGCUGAUCAGUGUUUUCGUGAAUAAUGGGACAGCUUCAGAGAACCAGCGGCUCUUCAACAACGCUGUCAUCCGUGUACAACAUCUGCACCAGCUGGCUGCAAAAAUGAUCAACGACUUUGAGGACAGCCUGUUACCUGAGGAACGCAGGCAACUGAGUAAAAUCUUCCCACUGUCUUUCUGCAACUCUGACUCCAUAGAGGCUCCCACUGGCAAAGAUGAAACACAGAAAAGUUCUGUGCUGAAGCUCCUUCGCAUCUCUUUCCGUCUCAUUGAGUCAUGGGAAUACCCCAGCCAGACGCUGAGUGGAACCAUCUCAAACAGCCUGACCAUCGGGAACCCCAACCAGAUCACAGAGAAGCUGGCUGACCUGAAAGUGGGCAUCAGCGUACUCAUAAAGGGAUGUCUUGAUGGACAGCCAAACAUGGACGAUAACGACUCCCUUCCGCUGCCUUUCGAGGAUUUCUACCUGACCUUAGGCGAAAACAACCUCAGAGAGAGCUUUCGUCUGCUGGCUUGCUUUAAGAAAGACAUGCACAAGGUGGAAACCUACCUGAGGGUUGCAAACUGCAGGCGAUCCCUGGAUUCCAACUGUACCCUGUAGAGGGCGCCAAUGCACAAUUAGCCCGAGUCUGUGAUAAAAUUGUGCUUUGCUACAAAUCUACGACCAGUUAUGUCCACAAAAACACCUUAAACCAAUUAUUAUCUGGUCCUACAUUUGAAGAAAAGUUCAAUCAGACAAGGCUUAGUCUGAGCCCUGGUUCCCUCCCAUACUUCUUUACAUGCCACUAUUGUAUUUAUUCUUUAUAUUAGGGAGUACAUUAGCCUACUCAUCUAUCCAAAUUCCAAACAGACGAGUGAAGGAAACAUAAAGAUUAAAUCCGAUUUAACAGUUCACCAUGGUGCUACGAAAUGUAUGGAAAUAUCUUUUGAAGAAAUCUCCUGAAUGAUUUUAAAAUGCUGAAAUGUGCUCCGAAAUGCUCGUUUCAGAAUGCUAGAAAUAAAAUAAUUGUCGAAAAUGUCAUUACGAUGAGUUCACUCCCAAGCAUUUAAAUGUGUUUCUGUUUGACAGAUUGUGCUCUUGAUCUUUUAUUAGCUUUUCGUGUUUGGUUUAAGCUGUGUGUAUGUCUUUAUCCAUUAAAGUUUUGAUCGGCAUCGAA